CCAAUAGGAUUUUUUCAUCCCAAAAAUCCAGCCAAUCAGAGGUUUUCGAUAUUGGGCUUUCAGCCAGUAGAAUUUUUCCUCUCGAAAAUCCAGUCAAUCGGGGGUUUUCGAUAUUGGGCUUUCAGCCAAUAGGAUUUUUUCAUCCCGAAAAUUCAGCCAAUCAGGGGUUUUCCAUAUCGGGUUCUCAGCAAAUAGGAUUUUUUCAUCCCAAAAAUCCAGCCAAUCAGGCGUUUUCGACAUUGAGCUUUCGGCCAAUCAGAUUUUCGCAGGCAGGAACUCCAGUGAAUCAUAUGUUUUCGCUGACCGAGUUGUGUCCAAUAAGGUUUUUGCGCAAGAACUUCAGCAAUGAAAUCUUCUCACACUCUCGCUCUUACCGAAUGAGAUUUUUAUGAAGCUGAGGUUUGUGUGAGUGAAAUGUUUUCCCGAUUCCGCUUUGUUCAACCAGUUUUUUCAGCUGGAAACUGAGUUAAUCAGAUUUUUUUAUUGUACGGCUUUGCUGCAAUCAAUUGUUGCAAGAGUGGGAGAAGUUGGUACUUAUAGCGGUCUAGAGGUUUCCUUUCUCCGUUGUUCACAGGUAGCUAUGCCUUGUAGACCAUCGAUUUUUUAAAAGCUCUGGCAAUCAAAACUGUAAGGAACAGAUUACAAGAAACUAUGGUUUUUGAAACUUCUCACCUAGAAUUUUUCUAUUAUAAAUACAACAAUGUUUUACACUAAGCCAAACGUGACCCGACUAGAAUGCGAAUAAAAGAGGGUGAUUUACUGGGAAUGUUGGUUUAAACAUGAAACCGGCUAGCCAUGAGUGGUGCCCUAAAGGGGCGCCGAUGAAGGACUAGUCCGUGAUCUGGCAGGUUCGCAGAAGGUACACCUUGGGCCGGCGGAAUUUAUAGAAAAUUGCUCAUUGAUCGAAUCUCACCGGUUGAAAGUAUCUGAAAACUGCGAAAAACUGAGUGCGGUAAUAUGAGUUUUGAGCCUCGAUAAAUGGACUGGAAUAAGGAAUUACGAACCAAGAACAGCGAUAAUGACAGACAAAGAGCUGACGUUGUAGCUUCAGACGGAAGAAGGUCUUUCAGAAGAAUGCAAAUGAAAUGUAUGUUACUGUGUGCGAUGGUUAGGAACAUUAACAAUUUGUCAAAAAAUCACAGAGCGAAAGGAUUAAGAAGAAAGUGAAGGACUGUUUAAAACCAUAUCGGUGUCAUAUACGAAAGCGAGCAGUCGCGAGUGGUGGCUCGUAUUGACACCGGCGACUAACUGUGAGCUGCCUCUUACGGUUAAAUCUGGAAAAUCCUAGGAGAAAAUUGAAAAGUGAAAUCUUUUUAGAAAGUGGUCGUCUCCUACAAUAGUAUACGGUUUUUUUCAUACAUGUAUGUGUAUAUAACAAUAGUUUUCACAACGAAAUCUAGAAGUUAAUGAUAGAUAAUGAGUGGACGGGAUUCAAUCGAGGGCUAAGCGAGUCGUAACGACGAGCGUUACUUGUUUAUUAAUAGGUAGAAAAUAAUUACGUAUUUUCAUUUAUUUUUAAGUAUACAUAAAUGUCCCAUACACUUAUCUAUUUAUACAGAGUAAGUGAACGUAGUAUAACAUGAGCUACUAUCUAAAGCCUUCUCAGAAUACUGCUCAAAUAAGUCCAUCUAUUUUAAGAAUGAUAAAAGCGAGUCUAAAGAUUUAUUAUUUGAAUAAUUUUAAAUAAUAACAAAAUGGGUAUGAAAAAUAGUUAUUUUGAUUUAAUUUUGAAUGGUUUUUACGAAAAUCAAACUGUAACCCUUUCCAGUUUUCAAAGAUGUGAUGCAACUAAUGUAUUAAGCACUGCUUUGUAACAUUCGGCAGGUGAAUGCAUUGAGGAUGUGACUACGGCUCUGCAACAAUAUCUCUUGAGAAAUCCAGAACCACAAAUACAUCAGCAGCAUGUCAUUGGAGAUGCUGUCUCGAAACCAUUUAGUCCCAUAGACAUUUCGUUACGAGGAGACAAUGCUGCAAUCAAAUCGCCGCAUGCAACAGCACUUGUAGAAUACUUUCGAUACACUAAAUUGUUAGUUUGAGUAUAUUUAAUGGCAAUAAGACAAAUGCUACCAGUUGAUAAACAUGAGAAUAUAUCAGAUGUAUCAUAAGCCACGAUGGAUAACGGUAGAUCUCUGAUUUCAUAUACCUGCAGAAACUGAUGGACCUAGCUGCUCACUAGCACGAAGAUAUAACCAUUCAUAUCUACUCACCGCUAUCCAGAGACAGCAUAGUAUUGAGAGCACAUAGGUGACUUGAAUGUACAGUCAUGCUCAUGCCCUAUUGUUAUUCAUCCUGCUACAAUCAUAUCUACCCAACUUGAAAACUUGACGCAUUUAAAGUAUUCUGCAAGCGGAGUUGGGUGUAGGAUGGGCGUGCGAAUAUGCAUGUCAUCUUAUUUUCACGCACACUCAUAUCCACAUCCCUUUUAUAGCUUCGUUCUGCAACAGUGAUGAGCGAGAUGGAUCUGGGACUGAUGUUGACUGUGAAGGUACAUAUCCGAAAAGUGCGGCAAUAAUCAAAAGUGUAACAAGGCAUGAGAUUGCAUCAGUGGCGUGUGCUCACAUGAAAAAUGUGCUAGUGAGCACCCUAUUCCAGGGGUGUCGCGAAGUCGUCAAGAUUGGAGAGGGACGACGACUCGGGAAGUCGACCAAAAAAUUUUUUGCUAAAAUUCACCGGAUUGGGGGGGGGAACGAGCGACUUUUUGAGAAUCGGUGAGCAAAAAACAGAAUAAAAUGCUGUAACUUUGCUGGGAAAAAACGAAAAUUUCUCAAGAUUGGGGGAGUCCCCCCGUCCCCCCCCCCCCCGCUCACGACAGCCCUGUCCUAUUCUGUUAUCUAAGAAUAUAGCUUCAACAUGUAACGAUUCUAAAAAUUUGUCACUGCAGUCUCAUGCAGGGCAAAAUGCGGUUGCCGAUGUGUGAGGAUUUUUUCUAUCACACCAUAUAGGCAUAUCGAUAUCAACACCUGAAUGUUUAAAGAAACUUGUAAUAUGAUUUUUCACUUUCAGUACUAGUAUGAUAACAGUUACUAUUAAUGCUGUUAAGUGAACUUUAUGAUGUGAACAUCCUUUCAAACAUGUGUGAUGCAAAAACUAUUUCAUGAGGGUCUUAUUACUAUUUUAAAUGUAGACGAGGUGUUCUUCAGAAUUUUAGGGUUUUGAUUUAUGAUACAUUUUAGCUACAACAACAACUACAACGACUACAACCACUACAACAACUACAACAACAACUUCAACGACUACAACGACUACUUCAACGACUUCAACGACUUCAACGACUUCAACGACCUCAACAACUACAACAACUACUUCAACAGCUACUACAACAACUACCAGUACGUAA